UUUGGGGGAGAAAAGAAUGAAACUAUAGAAAUGAUAGUUAGUUUUUGUGCUAUUGUAAAGCUUUAGAUUAAAUUGUUGAUUUUCUUAGGUGAAAAACUUGUAGGCCCAUCUUAAGUGGUCGCUUUAGUUCCCCAAAAAGCUCAGAUGCGAUGUAUUGUAUGUACUAUACUUUGUGGUAGUAGUUGUCCAAUGGAGGUAAAAUCCCUGCACCAAUCGUUGUUGCAUUCAAACACCCAAAAUACGGUUGUACGAAUGUCUCAAUCCAAUAUCCUGUAUAAUCCGGCCAAUUAAACAGGCCUAAAGAGUAUUAUAGGAAUUACUCAUUUAUGCUGAUUCCAUUUUUAUUCCGUCAAAAAGACCACCCACAGUUGUCCCCAUUCCAGCUUUGUAACCUUUGUCCAUUUCUCCUCCUCCUCGUCCUUCCAUUGGGCAUCCGUUUUGUAUAUAUAUUAAUAUUAUCUAUACCAUUUAAUUAAGUGGAGGGUCACCACCACCACCACCAUUUCCUCAAAUUGGAUGGUAGUAGAAGAUCUAGCAACUUCCAUCAACUUUUAUUCAUAUCAAGCCAAGCAAGCUCUGAACUAGUCUUUCUUUUCCACUGUCUCCUUUAGAGGUUUUCACUCUCCCCACUUCAACUUAGAGGUUUAAAUUUAAUCUUGUGAACCAUAAAUUGGAUUUUUGUUAUAUUUGUAAGGUGCAGCGCAGUCCCCACCUGAAAGUAUUAAAUAUUAACUGUUAGGCAUAGUCCAAACAGUUAGUUUCAAGGUUUUUGUCCCUGGGAUGAUGUCAACAUCCCAGAAACAGCGCAAGCACAACCCUGGCCCUGAUAUUGUAAGGUGCCUCUAUGAUGAAAGUGGCUUGUGCUGUCUUAUAUGUCCAUUCUCGAUAUCUUCAUCAUUCAAUUGAGUGACACUUCUAACAUACCCUAAAUUCAAUAUUUUUUCCAAAGAGAAAUAGAAGGUUUGAUGUGCUGAAAUUGGGACAAUUUAUCACACUAUUACGUGGAGGAAAGUGGUGAAAGUUACAUCAACAUAUCAAUAUCUUAUCUUGAUUACUUUGCUUGAUAAUGGGUGACAUCAAAUGCACAAGCUGCCUAUCACGCGUCUAGGAUGUGUCACCACAUGAACGGCUAAGAUUAAAAAUCGGAAUUUAAAAGGAUGAAAAAGAUCACAUAAUUUCACUACUUGGGGAAAUGAUGAAUAUAAAUAACAGUAGAAUCCACCUAGUUUCCUUAUACCACAAAGUUGGUUGGAGCCACUUUCUUUCUUGUAAAAGAAAAGGAAAGCAGGAGAGGAAAAUAAGAAAGAGUCAGAAACUUGGAGGAACUUGCGAAAAUGGUUCAAGAGGGAAUCCGAAAGGGGCCAUGGACUGAACAUGAAGAUGUUCAGCUUGUUUUCUACGUGAAGUUGUUUGGGGAUCGCAGAUGGGACUUCGUAGCCAAAGUUUCAGGUUUGAAAAGAACUGGAAAGAGUUGCCGGUUGCGUUGGGUUAAUUACCUCCACCCUGGCCUUAAACAUGGCAAGAUGACUGCCAAUGAAGAGCGGCUUGUGAUUGAACUUCAAUCUAAAUGGGGAAACAGGUGGUCAAGAAUUGCGCGGAAGUUACCGGGGAGAACUGACAAUGAGAUCAAGAAUUACUGGAGGACCCAUAUGAGGAAGCAGGCUCAAGACAGGAAAAGAGCCGUGUCUCCUACUCCAUCAACUUCUAAUUCAUCUUCUUUCGAGUCUAACGAUCCUCCGGUGGACUCGAUGCCCUCUAUGGAAACCAAGGACCAGAGCUUUUAUGAUACAGGGGGACUUGAGAUGUUGGCUCCAAGGGGAAAGAACACCAAACAAGAAGAGGAAGGGAUUGAAAAAGGAUACUCUCUGGAUGACAUAUGGAAAGAGAUUCCACCUUUUGAAAUCGACACAACAAAAGGUUAUAGCGAAGAGGGAUGCAAUUUCUCCAGCCAAACAAUGGCUUCUCCAAUUUGGAACUAUUUUCCUGAUAUGCUAUCGAUGAUGGAAGGAGAGGAGAGUUCGGUAUUCGUCCCCACCAUGACCGGACAAAUUUUUGCAGGCUAUGAACAACUUUAACCGCAAGCUAAUCGCAGAUUCUUAUUUGUUUGUGAUUUGUUCAUAGAUGUAAUAUAAUCCUAAGGAAGUCGUAUUUCAUAUAGUUCGUGCCUCUAUCUGUGUCUGUGUCUGUGUCAUGUGUACUCGACCAGUUUGCGUUCCCCUUUUACUAGAUGAAGAUCAAUUUGUGGCUUUUAACA